AAAAUAAAAUAAAUAAACAUUAUUUAUCCAAUUAUUCCAAAGACCAUACUUUUAUUAUUACUGUCACUUAUUUUAAUACGUGCACUUCUCGAUAUAUGAGAGACUCUCAGAAUGCGGACUUUUAACCUGAGACAUGUUUUCGUUUUACCAUCACAUAACCUUUAUCGUACUUUAAAAACUAUCGUACCUAGGGUAAGAUUUGCGCCCAGUCCAACUGGAUACUUACAUUUAGGAGGUUUAAGAACAGCUUUAUACAAUUACUUAUAUGCAAAAUCCCGUGGUGGCGUUUUUAUAUUACGUAUAGAAGAUACUGAUCAGACUAGGAAAGUUGAGGGAUCGGUGGAUGCUUUGAUAGAUGACUUAAAAUGGGCGGGAAUAGAAUGUAAUGAAGGGCCGAGUACAAACGGAAAUUACGGUCCGUACGUGCAAAGUGAAAGAUUAAAUAUUUAUCAAGAACAUAUUCAGAAACUAUUAAACAAUGGUUCGGCUUAUAAAUGUUUUUGCACUGAGCGACGUCUUAAUAUCCUUCGUAGAGAUGCCAUUAGAAGUCAACGAAUACCAAAAUAUGAUAAUAAAUGUCGUAGUUUAUCUGAUAAGGAUAUUCAGGAGAAGAGUAAUGCAGGAACCCCCUACUGUAUUAGGUUUAAGCUUUCUUCAGAUUGUAUCUCAUUCGAAGACAUGAUAUUUGGCGGUAUAGCAUAUGAUGUCACCUUGAAUGAAGGUGAUCCGGUUCUGAUGAAAAGUGAUGGCUUUCCGACAUAUCACUUUGCAAAUGUUGUUGAUGAUUAUUUAAUGGGUAUCACACAUGUACUACGAGGUGUGGAAUGGCAAAUAUCAACAACUAAACAUUUAUUGAUCUAUAAAGCGUUUGGAUGGACACCACCAGAGUUCGGUCAUCUUCCACUUAUUGUAAAUUCUGAUGGAACUAAAUUAAGUAAACGCCAGUCUGAUGUAAAAGUGGAAGAUUAUAGAGCCAAAGGUAUAUAUCCGUUGGCGUUGGUAAAUUAUAUAACGCUGUCUGGUGGAGGGUUUGACCAUGUGAUAGGCGAAGGAAUAAGAUUUAAGACUUUGGAGGAACUAGCUGAAGAGUUUCAAAUAAAUAAGAUAUCAUCACAUCCAAGUCGCCUCAAUCCUGAUUUACUUGAAGAAUGUAAUCGAUUAGAGUUAAAACGGCGUCUCAAAGACGAUCAGCUCACGAAGUCUCUCAUAGCAAAUCUGCAAAAUUUAAUAAAGACGAAAUAUACAGGAGAAAACCUAAAUAUAUCCGAAGAACAUAUCAAAGGCGUACUGCUUUGGGCGACUGCUAGAAUAACGAGGAUAGAAGAAUUGGUCACACCGAAAUUUGCAUUCCUCUGGAUUCUGCCGUCGAAUAAAAAAUUGGACGUUAAUAAGAAUUUAUUCGAGAAAUUGAUCAACAAUUUGGAAGAUCUCGAUACAUUUGAACAGGAUUCUAUUAAGGAUAAUUUGAAACAUUUUUCGACUCAAAAUGAUGUACAGUUUCCUGCAUUGAUGAAAAUGUUAAGGUCCGUUUUGAGUGGACUUAACGAAGGGCCGAGUGUUGCUGAAAUGAUGCAACUGUUAGGUAAAUGUCAAACGUUGGAAAGAAUAAAAGCAGUUAUAAGAUAUUUUUGUGUUUAUUUUUAA